AUGUUAACAGCUGCGUUGCUGGUGAGCGUGGUUCGCCGAAGCCUUCCACAUCAGGAGGAUGAUGAAUCGUUGGACAUGACAGAGGUUGGUCAAAGAGAGAAAGGAGAGCGAUUCUUGCAGGAUCUCUCGUUUCACAACGGUGCAUACCGAUGUGGUACCCCGGAACCUCCAAAGGCAGAUAACGACGAUAAUUUGCUGGAUACCCACGGUGACUGUGACACCGCUUCCCAGCCAUGUCAUGCUCAGAUCACCAUGGAAGACGACGAGACCGCCACGGCCACUGCAAUCCAAGCCCAAGUGCGAAGAUAUCUUGCCCAAAGCCAGUAUAGAAUCCACAAGCUGGAACGGCAGCUUGUACAGAUACAAGAGGACAAGGAGGCAGAUUUGAUUUGGACGGAGCAGUGGAAGCAACGAAAGCUGCGCAAGGCCCAGCGAAAGUAUGACAGAAGAGAAGAAAGACUGGAACGAGAAUAUCAAAAAGUCAAGGGUAUUGUCCAAUAUCUUCAGAGAGAUCAGAGCUUGUGUCAAAAAGAAGUGGGCAGCUUGCAAAAGAGCAACCAAGAGCUCCAAAAGCAAAAUCAACACUUGUUGCUGGCCCACAACCGCACCACCAUGUCAAUAGAGAGGAAGAAACAUCAAUUGGGAGUGCUGGAGGAUUCACAACAUCGACUGCAAGUCACGGUGCAAGUAUAUAGAGAAAUGAUCCGGCAACUAGAAGAGGAAACUCGAAUACAGGUGGACCAUGUGACUAUGAAACAACAACCAAAGACACGCCACAAGCAAGGGUUGCACUACCCGCGUCGUGAUGCAACAAUCACCAAACACAGGACCAAACACAGAGCAAAGACCUAUUCAAGCAUUGUAGUGAACUCGGUGAAUGAGGUCGAGGAGCAAUGCUUCCACCACCGACUAGUGCAGGAUGUCUACACCGUGACACCAACCACCAGAAGAACCAGAGGUAGACGUAACUGA